AGGAGCUGUUUCUCACCAGCACGAGACGACUCAAGCACACGGAAAGUUAAGGUAGUGCUCAGAGUAACUGAGGUUUCUGUCCUGUCAACUAAUGGGCCAGAAGCGACGGAGAAAGUAAAGAGCAGAUUUAUUUAUUCAGUUUUUGCUAAGUUUUUCACGGUCAUCUGAACUACUUUUUAAAGAGCAGGACAGCGCGCAGCAGCAACGCCCCGCGGCUGAAAUUAAGGCCUCACUAUGUCUGAUGGGGACUAUGAUUACCUCAUCAAAUUCCUAGCCUUGGGUGACUCUGGCGUGGGAAAAACAAGCUUUCUUUACCAGUACACAGAUGGCAAGUUUAACUCCAAAUUCAUCACUACAGUUGGAAUAGAUUUUAGAGAAAAGAGAGUGAUAUACAAAUCAACAGGUCCAGAAGGGACUUCAGGCAGAAAACAGAAGAUCCACAUGCAGCUGUGGGACACUGCAGGACAGGAGAGGUUCCGAAGUUUGACAACAGCUUUUUUCCGAGAUGCAAUGGGUUUCCUCCUCCUGUUUGACCUCACAAAUGAGCAAAGUUUCCUCAACGUCAGAAACUGGAUGAGUCAGUUACAGAUCCAUGCAUACUGUGAAAAUCCAGAUGUCGUCCUGUGUGGCAACAAAAGUGACCUUGCAGAUCAGAGGGCAGUGAGUGAAAAUGAGGCCCGUGAACUGGCUGAGAAAUACGGAAUCCCUUAUUUUGAAACAAGUGCUGCAAGUGGGCAGAGCGUCAGUGAGGCGGUGGACGUCCUGCUGGAUCUCGUCAUGAAGAGGAUGGAGCGGUGUGUCGACAAGUCCUGGAUCCCAGACGGCACCGUUCGAGCUAAUGGAUCCACCAACCCAGACAUCUCUGAGGGCUCUGAUGGAGGCAAAUGUGCAUGUUAGAAUGGUUUUUGUUGCACAUUUGUGUUUAAAUAAUGUUCGGAGAAAAAGAGGAAAACAACCAAGUGGGAGUUUGUAUUUUACAUUUCUUGUUAAGGAGAACUUUAUCAUCCUCAUCAACAUUUUCUGCAUCCCUGUUACAGCUUUACUUUGAGUGACAUGCUGGACAGUUUCAGUAUGGAGUUAAAUUCCUUCUGAAUUUAGUGAUUUCUUUUACAUUUUCACAAGUCUUUUGUACAAGUAAUUCUUACUGGUUCUAAGCCUGGGAUCUUUAUUUCUCAUGAUGUGUAGCAGGUAUGUCCGGUUUUCAUAAUUAAAUAUAUUGAUCAGAAUUUCAAGUAUAAAUAGUCUCAACAGAAAAGUGAGCUGGUUCGUCACCUGUUCCAUGAAUAUACUCUUAACUUGCUGUAAAGAGAGAAAUUGUACUUUUAAGAACCUUUAGGUCACCACUUGAGUACCACUGUUACUUUACUAAAUGUCUCACUAAUGCUGCACUUGCACUAGUGCCAGAGAAAAUGUAGCUUGCAGUGACUUUGCAGUGUGGGCUAGAUGGACUGUUAACACUUAAGUGUCUUCUUCUAAAGAUCUUUUUGCUAGUUUGCUUUUCUGUAAAACACAGAUUGUGGAGUACAGCUCGUCUACAUGUGCAGUUUUGGCCAAUGGUCACAUAAAAUGUUCUGAAGUUGAUAGAUUACAGAAAUAAACACGUCAUAAGAGUACAAAACAGCACAGUAACUCAGGAACUCAAUUUAUUCCGGUGCUGCCAUCUAUAGGACAGAUGCACAAAUGCAUGAAGAAACAAACAAAAAGGCUAUUUGCACUUUUUCGGCUAACUGCAUUAAUCCUGUUUCUUCCUGUUUCCUAACUAACAUAUAAGGUUAUGGACUCCAUUUUAUGUAAUUCAGAGCAUCAUGUAAAAAAUCUUAUUGCAAAUUCUGUCUGAGAUAACCUGAAGUAAACUGCUAAAGAAAAAAAAACUGAGUAAUGUACCAACUGAGUUUAUAAUUAGAAACAAGUUACACUGAAAGAUUUCUUAGUUAGUAUACCAGAAAUCUAAGAAUGUAUUUUGUCUGAAAUCCUAACAA